AAUGAGUACUGAUAAUGAAUUUCUUGGAGACAAUGGUACGUUAUUAGUUGAACUUGAUAUGAGAUUAACCAAAGAACAAUGGGAAGCUAUUUAUGAAACACCACAAAAUAAAAGAAAAGCCAUUACCGAUGCAAGAAAUUAUUGGACCGGAGGACUUGUGCCCUUUACGGUAGACAUAAACGCAUUCUCAAAUGAGGAACUUUUACAAAUAAUUGCUGCUACAAAAGACUAUGAAAAAUAUACUUGCAUAAAGUUCCGUAACUCUUAUAAUGGGGAAAAAUUUCAUAUUCGAUUUGUACGAGGCCGAGGAUGUAGUUCAUCUAUAGGAAGAGUUUGGCGUGGUCAGACCAUUGAUCUAGGAAAACUUUGUGCUAGAAAAUCAAUAGUAAUCCAUGAAAUCGGACAUGCUCUUGGUCUAUAUCACGAGCAUAACAGACCUGAUAGAGAUAAAUAUGUUCAAGUGCUUUUUCAAAACGUUGCUCCCUUUGCUAAAAGUAAUUUCGAAAAGGUUAGACCUAACGGUGUCGACUAUCAUGGUAUUCCUUAUGAUUAUUCCUCAAUUAUGCACUAUGGAGCUACGGCAUUUACAAGAAAUGGAAAAAAGACCAUACAAGCAAAAUUUAAAGCAAAGGAACAUUUAAUGGGGAGAUCAACAACUUUAAGUUUCUUAGAUAUAAAAUUACUUCAUAGAAUGUAUAAUUGCAGUAAGGGAUGUGAAAAAAAAGACUCUGACUGUCCUGGAAUAGGAUUUGUUAAUAAAGAUUGUCAGUGCGUAUGUCCAGGAGAACCUAUAGAAAUUUGCAAAUCACCAGAGAAGCCAAAGAAAAAGAAAUGUGAGGAUUUUCAUCAUAGUUGUUCCUUUUGGGCUGCUCAAGCGAUAGUCACAAACAUUGCCAGAGCUGGGCUGCAAAAAAAGAAUGUGAUAAGAAUCCAGUAUGGAUGUUACGGAAUUGCAGAAAAUCCUGUAAUAUGUGCAGUUCAUCGAUAG